CAAUAUUAUCCUUCCUAUAAAGAUUAGAUACCUUCCUUCAAUAACAAAAUUUCACACCUAAAACACUAAAUAGUACUCCAACAACUUCCAAAUUUCCCAUCUAUUGGCGUGGAGCUCAACAUUUCCACACAUUCCAACAACAAUAUUUCACCAUGCCUUCUCCUGCACCUUUCACCGUUUUCAUGGAGAAAAAGAAACGCAGAAGUAGCACUAUUCUUGCUAAUGAUUUAACUGUUGUAAAGGCAGCUGCAUGGGCAUGGUAUCAACAUGGUUCCGGCUCGGAAGGCAAAUCAAUACGCGAAUUUGAUGUAACAAAUCAUCAUCAUCACCAUAAUCAAGCUUUUAGGCCAUCAAGAUACAAGCUAGAAGCGGCGAAAAAGAUCAAAGAAUAUUCGAAUAACCAAGAAUCGUCAUCAACAUCAUCGCAAAUCCCAAGUCCGGUACAUACGGAGGAUAAUUCUCUUCUUGAUGCAUACGAAGUUGAGAGAAUUUCGGAGCAACUCGACUGCCUUUUAGUGUCGAGUAGCAACAAAUUCUAUACCAAAUUAUUUCAGAGAGAUAUUGAUCGUCAAAAGAUUAGUAAUACUACUACUACUACUACUACUACUACUACUUCAUCAUCAUCAUCAUCAAAUAUUGGUUUUAGUAAUAGUGUAAUAAGAAAGAACAAGAAUUUCUUGAAAAGGUUAUGGAUGGGGCAUUCAAUUACUUGUGGCACAAGGGAAGAUGUUGAUCCACGAGCUUUAGAACGGAUUAAACCUCGGCCACCUCAGUUUCCGGUGCCCUAGAGGCAUGUUCCGGCGGUCAGAAUGACAGCAUGUAGGCCACGGGCUGCCCAUGCCUAGCUAGCUAGAUAGCUAGUCAAUGUUCCACAUGAUAUUAAAUUGUUCAGCUACUACAACAAUUUUAAUUGUACUAUUGCUACAAUUAUAAAUAGCGGAACUAGAAAAUGCAAGAUGUGCAAAAGCUGAAAAAAUAUCCGGUGAUCGGAAGAUAAAAGAACAAUGUCGGAAAUAGAUAAUCAAAGGCAACAAGUGCUGGACGGUCAAAGAGGUGGCUGUCCAUCUUAUUUUCUUAACUUCGUUGAUAUGUUAGAGAUAUUAUAAUUGUAAUAUUAGAAGGAGGAAAAAAACAAAUUUUUAAUUUUGUAGGGGACAGAAUUUAAUGUACUAUCGUUAGCUAACCAAGAAAAUAAAUGCUGCAACAUAGUGACAUGGGGAGUAAAUUUUCCCAAUCCCUAUUCUUCA